UAACACUACUAAAUUUCAUAAUGGUAGCAUUCGCAUUCGGACGCAAGGAUACAGAAGUGGGGCACACAAAUUGGUCGGGACCCAAAGUGUAAAAAGGACUUGUGAUUUUUUUUUUGGAUACGUUGGAAGGAAAAAUGAGUAAAAUCUUCCGAUUGAAAUCAAGUGAUAAGUUUGAAGAAGAAUUUUUGCAAGCCCAUAACGAAUACAGAAGGAAGCAUAAAGUGCCACCUCUCGAGCUUAGCAAGAAGCUUUGUAGGUAUGCUGAAGAAUGGGCCAAGGCUAUUGCUAAAAGGGGUAGAGUAGAACACCGUGAUCAAAAUGAAUAUGGCGAGAACAUAUUCUACGCUUGGUCGAGUGAUCCUAACUUUGUACUAACUGGGAGGGUGCCUGUAGAUAAAUGGUACAGUGAGAUCAAAUGUCACACAUUCGGAAAAGAACCAGAUAAUUUAGGCUCGGGGCAUUUUACCCAAGUCGUGUGGGAGGACAGCAAAGAAGUUGGCGUAGGUGUUUCGAGAACCAAGGAAGGUCAAGUUUACGUAGUGGCCAAUUACUUCCCACCUGGUAACGUAAUGGGGAGUUUUGCUAGCAAAGUUCACCCACCUCUGAAUUAAA